GGGGCGGGCCCUCGUCCCUCUCCUAUGUGGCCGUGAGUGGUGCGAGAGUUAUUCGGCAGCGAGCCCCACGUGGUGUGGCGAUUUGGGUAGCACGCUCUAGUUCCCCCGAGCUUCCCCGGCCUGUGGACCCGGCUUUCUGAAGAGAUGCCGAAGGUCAAGUCGGGGACGAAGGAGCGGCGCCGCGCGCGACAGGAGCAGCGUCGGGAGCUGAAAAGCGCGGGAGGACUCAUGUUCAACACAGGGAUUGGGCAGCACAUUUUGAAAAAUCCUCUCAUUGUUAACAGCAUUAUCGAUAAGGCUGCCUUAAGACCAACUGAUGUGGUCCUGGAAGUUGGACCUGGAACUGGCAACAUGACUGUAAAGUUGUUAGAAAAGGCAAAAAAGGUAGUUGCCUGUGAACUUGACCCAAGGCUAGUAGCUGAACUUCACAAAAGAGUUCAGGGCACUCCUCUGGCCAGCAAACUUCAAGUAAUGGUGGGUGAUGUGUUGAAAUCAGAUUUGCCAUUUUUUGAUGCUUGUGUGGCAAAUUUGCCUUAUCAGAUCUCAUCUCCUUUUGUCUUUAAGCUGUUGCUGCAUCGACCUUUUUUCAGAUGUGCUAUACUCAUGUUUCAAAGAGAAUUUGCUCUCCGACUGAUUGCAAAACCUGGAGAUAAGUUAUACUGCAGACUUUCUAUUAAUACUCAGUUGUUAGCACGUGUGGACCAUCUAAUGAAAGUUGGAAAGAAUAACUUCAGACCACCACCAAAGGUGGAAUCCAGUGUUGUCAGGAUAGAACCUAAGAAUCCGCCACCACCUAUCAAUUUUCAGGAAUGGGAUGGCCUAGUAAGGAUCACUUUUGUUAGGAAAAACAAGACAUUAUCUGCUGCAUUUAAGUCAAGUGCAGUGCAACAGUUGCUGGAAAAAAACUACAGAAUUCACUGUUCAGUCCAUAACAUUAUAAUACCAGAAGAUUUCAGCAUAGCAGAUAAAAUACAGCAUAUCCUAACCAGCACAGGUUUUAGUGACAAACGGGCCCGUUCCAUGGAUAUAGAUGACUUCAUUAGAUUGCUACAUGGAUUUAAUACUGAAGGUAUCCAUUUUUCUUAGAUAUCUGGAAAGCAGAAUUUUUCAAGGUCAAGAAAAGAAACUGGACUUUAUAUAUUAAUAAUUUGAGAAGACGAACUGUGUUUUGCACUGGGACAAUAUUUGCUUGACUACUUUUUAAUAUUACUAUUGUCAUCAUUUAUAAUUCUGAAUUGUUAAGGUAGUAAGUCAGUUCUAAGUACCCAGGGUAUUUGUUUCAUUUUGGAUAUAUAACAGGGAAGGAUCCAAUCCACAGUACUAAUCAAGUUAAAGAGCCACAGACAUGCACAAGUUCACACUGAAAACUUAUUUCUAACAAACAGUUUAUUCUGUAAAGAUGUUACUUUCCUAUUCAUUGUUAUAUAUUACUGUGAUGAACUCUUUAGGCCUUCACCUGUUCCUCAAGUAGUAAAAAAGUUAAAAUAUGCUCAACUAGUCAUGUCUUCCCCAUACCAUUUCUUAUUCACAUGUAAAAUAAAACAAUUGGUUCUUAAAAUGUUUUCUUUGCUUUUCUCACUCUUUCCCUCUUUAUCCUAUACAAUAUCUGCUAUUAAUUCCCCUGGCCCACCCUGUUAGCUAACCUGCAACAUCACAGACUACAACAGGGUUCUGUGUUAGCCUUAGUCUGCUACUGCCACCAUGUGGUGCCACACAUAAUUACUUCUGGGCAUGACUAACCCUAUCUAUCUGAUAAAUGUGUACAUAAUUACUUCUGGGCAUGACUAACCCUAUCUAUCUGAUAAAUGUGUAAGUAUGUUUUUUCUUGGGGACAGUCAUAAGUUUAACAAACUUUCAAAGGGUUUUGCAAAUCAAAAUUGGUUUUAGCUAUUUUACUGGCUGCUAAGGCCUCCACCCUUCAACUUAAAAAAAAAAUCUGAAAAAUAGUCAUUUUCCUACCACUGCAUAUAAUUUCUGGGGAAUUAAAAUUUCCAGUAUUUUUUCCAUAUACCUGAUGCUUAGUUUUAAGCUAUUUUAAAACUGUUGAGAAUUUCAAAAGAUGUCAUAA